AUGGCUAGCAAGGCGGAGAAGAAAUUAGCAGCGGACCUUCUGACGCGACGACGAGCGUGUGCCGAGCGAGAUGUGGUGGAGAAGUUCAUCGCGGAGUACACCUAUGAACGAGAUUGUUGCCAGGUUGCGGUGCGUUUGGAGGCGCUGAACAAAUGCAACGAGCUGUUCCUGAACGUGCAGAAUGAUAUUGAGCUGGGUGAUCACGAGGAGAGGUUUGAAGGUCAUCUAGAGUUUCGGGCGGAUUUUGAGGAUCGAUUCUGCAGGGCGAAAGGUUUUCUGCUGUCCAAACUGGAAAGUAGGGAGCAUCCGUUGAGUUCGACGAUCAUGCACGCAUCGUCUUCACACAACAUGUCUGCUAGUUUCCACCAUCGUUUGCCGAAAAUCGAUCUGCCGAAGUUCAGCGGAGAUGAGUCGCGUUGGAUCUCGUUUCGUGACAACUUUAUCUCAAUGAUCCACUGCAACGAAGAUAUCCCGAUCGUGAACAAGCUACAAUAUCUUCUACAGUCACUGGAGGGAGAAGCUAAGAAGCCGUUUGAGUCUGUGGACAUCCAAGCGGACAACUAUUCGUCGACAUGGGAUGCACUGAAGAAGCGGUACGAUAAUAAACGGUUUCUCAGGAAGGAAUUGUUUCGAGGCCUGUACAAUCUCCCAUCGAUAAAGCGUGAGUCAGCACAGGACCUCAACACUCUGGUUGAUGACUUUCAGCGACAUGUCAAGGCAUUGGGAAAAUUGGGCGAGCCAGUAGAGCACUGGGACACUCCACUUAUUUUUAUUCUUUCGAAUAAAUUGGAUGCAGCAACGAUCCGCGCUUGGGAGCAAGAUACUCGUCAAAAAGACGAAGUAAAGUACGACGAGCUCAUCGAUUUUUUGAUCCAACAUGUUCGAAUGCUGAAAUCCGUUGCCAGUGAUCUGCAGCACCGUUCAACAGUGUUGACUGUUUCCAGGGUGGCCGGACAAACACCGAAGAAGCCGUCAGCGAUCAAAUCCGUCGUCAACGCAGCAACAUCCGAGUCGCAAUCCAGCACACAACAGUGCCACUGUUGUUCCAAAACGCACCCUUUGCACCAGUGUCCAGCAUUCAAGAAGCUGUCGAUCUCCCAGCGGCGAGAACUAGUCACGAGACACAGUCUUUGCCGAAACUGCUUCCGUUCAAAUCACCAGGCACGAGCGUGCAAGUCGAAGUUUGUUUGUAGAAACUGUCAAGCUAAGCACCACACUAUGUUGCACGAUCAACCAGCCCCGCAACCCACGUCGGCGAUUCAAGGCACCAGUGGUUCACUCAGCCCGCCAGCAAUCAACUUAUCUGUGCAUUCCAACUCGACGGUUCUACUGGAAACAGUUGCGCUUCUAGUGGUCGAUCGGUAUGGAAGGCAAAUUCCAGCACGCGCUCUUCUGGAUUCUGCAGCGAUGUCUAACUUUAUCACGAAGAAGCUGGCGAACGAGCUCGCCACUAGACAAAGCCCCGUGGACAUCUCAGUUGCAGGAAUAGGAGAGUCCGUCAAGCGCAUCAAGCACCAGCUAACGGCCAAAAUUGUUUCCAGGAACAGUGACUUCUCCACCACACUCGAUUUUCUAGUUAUGAGGAAGCCGACAUCAAAUCUGCCCACAAUACCUAUCGACACAUCUGCGUGGAACAUUCCUGAAGUGCCUUUGGCGGAUGUCCAUUUCAAUGUUCCAGCUACGAUCGAUAUAAUCAUCGGUGGAGAGUGCUAUCACGAGCUCCACACCGGCGUUCGCCAAUCUCUUGGCAACGGCUUCCCGUUCUUGGUGGACACACACUUUGGCUGGACAGUUUCCGGCAAGGUAACGACCGGCUCCACCACCGCACCACGAGCGUGCUACAUCUCCGCCGUUGACCAGAACUUGGACUCUACUCUGGAACGUUUCUGGGAGCUGGACACCGUCGAUGAAGGCCAAAACCUCUCAACAGAAGAACGGAAGUGCGAAGAGAUUUUUGCCAGCACCACCACUCGAAAUCACGAUGGAAGGUACGUCGUACGGCUGCCCCGGACUGAUGAUUCCCAGAUCACCCUUGGAGACUCUCGCAUGAUCGCAAUUCGCCGGUUCUACAGCUUAGAACGCCGCCUACAGCGAGAUGACUCCACCAAAAUGGCCUACCACAAAUUCAUCGAAGAAUACGCACAACUUGAACACAUGUUUAAGAUAGAUCCUGUCGUCGAUAACAAACCACACUGCUAUCUGCCACAUCACCCGGUCUUCAAGGAAGCCAGCACAACCACCAAGGUACGCGUGGUAUUCGACGCUUCUUGCAAGACCACAUCCGGGUAUUCGCUGAACGAUAUGCUGCUCGUCGGUCCGGUCGUCCAACAGGAUCUGCUGUCCAUCACCCUUCGAUUCCGUACAAAGGCCAUCGCUCUUGUGGCGGACAUUGAAAAAAUGUACCGUCAAGUUAAUUUACAUCCCGAUGAUCAGCCCUUUCAUCGAAUCCUUUGGAGGGAGAACCCUUCUGAACCGUUGGAUACUUACGAACUCCGCACCGUUACUUACGGAACCGCUUCAGCUCCGUACCUGGCAACUCGUGUUUUGAAGCAGCUAGCCAUUGAUGAAGGAGAUAGGUUCCCAGUCGCAGCCGAAGCCAUCGAUGACUACUACAUGGAUGAUCUACUAUCCGGUGCCAAUGAUCUAGAGUCCGCUGUACAAAAACGCCGCCAGAUGUCCGCGAUGUGUCAGUCUGCAGGAUUUCAGCUGAGAAAGUGGGCUUCUAACAACCGAUCGGCUCUUGUAGACGUUCCAUCUGCAGACCUUGCCAUCGAUCCACUGCAUGACUUGAACGAAGAUCAAUCGGUAUCGACUCUCGGCCUAGUUUGGGAUACUCGAACUGAUAUGCUGCGGUUCAACAUCAACCUUCCACUUCCUGCGUCGUUGUGGCGACUUAGAUCAGAAAAGGACGAACCGUACGAUUGGGAUCGGCCUCUGCCUUCGAAGCUGCAGGAGGAGUGGAAGCAGUUCCAUGCAACGCUCUACAUUUUAGCCGACAUUCGAAUUCCUCGGUUUGUCAACGGAUAUGCAGAUUGUUCGAUCCAGCUCCAUUUCUUCUGUGACGCAUCUGAAGCUGCAUAUGGAUCUUGUUGCUUCGUUCGUUCCGAGUUUGCAGGCGAAAUCAGAGUGCGGUUGUUGACCUCCAAAUCCAAGGUUGCUCCUUUGGCCAAGAAACAUUCGAUUGCACGUUUGGAGCUAUGCGCAGCUGUUCUAUCCACAAAGUUGUUCCGGAAGGUACAAGGCGCGAUUGGGUCAUCAGAACACGUUUAUUUCUGGUCUGACUCAACCACAGUCCUCCAAUGGUUGAGGUCGCCACCGCAUCGAUGGAGAACCUUUGUUGCCAAUCGCGUUACUGCUAUCCAGACUGGCACUGAAGGUUUCAAUUGGAGACACGUCCCGGGAGUGCAGAAUCCAGCCGACGAACUUUCUCGUGGACUACAGCCCUCCGAUCUUCUCAACCAAGCUCGAUGGUGGAACGGUCCAGAUUGGCUGUCGUCGUCAUCGGAAUAUUGGCCACGAUGUGUUUUGCCGGAGAAUGAUUCACCAGAGGUCGCUGAAGAAAGUCCUUCUGUCAGUUUAGCUGCCACCGUUUCCGAAAAAGAGGAUUUUGCAGACCAGCUGUUCACUCGGUAUUCAACGUUCAAGCGACUCAACCGGGUAACAGCCGCUUGUAUCAAAUACAUCAAGGCACUCCAAGCUGCAGCUAUAAGGAGGAAAAAUCAACUAAUUACGCCGUUCCCUACACCCAAUGAGUUAGCGAUCGUCUACCUUUCAGCUGAAGAUUUAGCCGAGGCAGAUCGUGCGCUGCUCCGAUUAGCCCAGUCACAGCUAUACGCGGAAGAGCUCUCCGAGUUCCAAAAUCCCAAACGUACGAGAAAUCCGCUGUCGUCGCAGCUACGAUACCUACGUCCUUUCCUCUGUGAUGAUGGUAUUAUUCGCGUUGGUGGUCGCCUAAGGAAUGCAGACGUUGCGCAGAGUGUCAAACAUCCAGCAGUUCUCUCGGCUAAGCAUCCACUGGCAAGGCUUAUUACGGAGCAUUACCAUCGAACGCUUUUGCAUGCUGGACCGCAGUUGAUGAUUGCCACUAUUCGCCAGAGAUACUGGAUUCAUGGAGGAAGAAAUUUAGCUCGCCAAACGUACCAUGGCUGUAUGAAAUGCUUUCGGCAGAAGCCGACCCUCGUUGAGCAAAGCUCCGCAGAUCUACCAAAAUCCCGUGUGAUCCAAGAUCGUCCAUUCGCUGUGUGUGGAGUCGACUAUUUCGGGCCCAUUUUUAUCAAGUCACCGAUUCGUCGUCAUGGUCCAACAAAGGCAUAUGGUGCCAUUUUCGUAUGUUUCGUUACGAAGGCCGUUCACAUUGAGUUGGUGUCGGAUCUGUCAACGCCCGCCUUUCUGUCAGCACUUCGUCGCUUCGUUGCCCGUCGCAGUCGCCCGAGGGAAAUUCAUUCGGACAACGGGACAGCUUUCAAAGGUGCAUCGAACGCUCUUCACCGAUUGUACGACAUGCUGAAGAAAAACAGCGAAGACAGGGAGCAGAUAUUCAACUGGUGUGCAACGGAAAGAAUCCAGUGGAAAUUCAUUCCUCCGCGAGCUCCGCAUUUCGGUGGAUUAUGGGAAGCUGCGGUGAAGUCUGCCAAACACCAUAUUCUACGUGAGAUAGGACACACGAACAUGAGCUACGAGGACAUGACCACACUGCUCGCUGAAGUGGAGAUGUGCCUUAAUUCACGUCCAAUCACCCCGAUCCCGACGGAAACCGAUGAUCUCGAGGUGUUAACUCCAGGACACUUCCUUGUGGGCACCAACUUGCAAGCCGUUGACGAUGUGGAUGUUACUGCAAAGCCCGACAACCAUCUCGACCAUUGGAAGCUCACCACAAAACGGAUGCAGGGUAUCUGGGCUCGUUGGUAUCCCGAAUAUCUCGCCCAACUACAAACUCGCGCUAGGAAGGGGAGCAAAUCGGCGGUUCCGGUGGAGGUUGGAAAAAUCGUGGUAAUCAAGGAAGACAACUUACCACCAGCCUUGUGGCCACUAGGUCGCAUCACAAAACUUCAUCCCGGCCGAGAUGGAGUUGUUCGUGUUGUGGGACUGAAGACAGCCAAGCGUGAUGACGUCAUCAGAGCGGUGAACCGGAUAGCCAUCUUACCCACCGCCAGCAUCCAAGACGUUAACCCAACAACCACCGAAGAUUAG